AUGAUUGUUCAACCAGCACUUAUCAUAUCAAAGCAACAUAAUCAACCAAAUCGUGAAUGUCUCUAUGCUUGGUAUCCCGAAGUAGUAAAUGAUAUAUCAAUGAAACCACGUGAUAUUUAUAUACAUAAUGGCAUUGAUAAAGAUCUAUUGGAACAAAAACCAUUAACAAAUGGAUUGGUGAAUACUUCCAUUAAUACCAAUACGAGUGUUGAGCUUCUCCAACGUUAUAAACAAAGUAUUGCACCAAGUGAUCGUGCUUAUCAUUCAACAGACACAAUUAAUGAAGCAUUAAAUCCACCUUGGGCUUUACAUUACGAAAUAAAACGACAAGCAGUAACACCAAAUCUCUUAUCUAAUUCAACUGAUAUGUCAAUACAUGAAGAACCACCUCGUCGAUUGAAGAGUGCUCCAGUGACUCAUUCACUUCCUUCAACUGCAAUUCUUACGAUUCCAGAACCACGCUUUAUAAAUUCUUUUAUUCCAGUUACAACAAUUAAUCCAAUUCCAUCACCGACACGAGCUAAAACUCGUGCUUCAUCUGCUAAAGCACGUCUUAAUACAACUAUACCAAAUGAAAUUAAUCAACAACAACAACGUCGUGAAAUAAAAUCAGCUUAUGCAUCACGUCAAAAAGUUAAUACAAAAUUAUCUGAUGAAGAAAUUCAACAAAUUUUCAAACGAGUUUAUGGUGAUGAUAUUAAACAAACACAAGCACAACAAGAAGAACCAGUACAAAUCAUUUAUACACAACCUCAGCCUUUAUCAGUUUCUUCUUCACCAGUUUAUAUCUAUCAAAAGUCAGCAAGUUGGUGUGCUGAUGAACCUUCAUCAAUGCCUGUUCGUAAAUCUGUUGAAAUAAAUCCAAUUGUACUUAAUCCACAUCAUAUUCAUCGUCCAGCUAUUAUUGCUGUUAAAAAUACUGAAAAAAAUGCUGUGUUAAAAGAAUAUUCACCCGCAAAAAAAUCAACAAAAUAUCAGCGACGACUUCAUCAUAGUCAAGGAAGACGAAAUGAACCUUUACUCGCAGUAACACCUGUAUCACAUAAAUCAAAAUUAUCACUUGAAAUUGAUGGCGUUAAAUUAAUAUAUGAUCCAAAAAUAACUUUUGAAGAUAAAUCAACAAAUAUUACAAAAUAUUUUAUUGAUGGACGAUUAUAUUUAGUUAAAGAUAAACGUUAUAAUGUCAUAGAUAAUAUCGAUCCAUCAACAUUAGAAAAAUAUAAUCAAAGUUUAGCUCAUUCUUCACGAACCAAAUAUUAUCGAACAAUUCCCAUGGAAAAAUUUCAAAUACCACGACCGUUAUCAGACUUACAUCGUAAUUCAUCUGAAACAUACUGUUCUAAUAGAUCAUCAAAACAUGUACAUCGUUAUGUUAUUGAUCCAAAUUUAAUGUCAGAAAAUCUUAAUGUAAAUAAGAUGUCAUUAUCAAACCGGCCACCAACAGCAAUUGUUUAUGCUUAA